AUGGAAACAUCCAAGCGUGCCCAAAACAAGAAGCAGCCCACCGAAAACGUGACUCUUGGUCCCCAGGUCCGUGAAGGUGAACUCGUCUUUGGCGUUGCCCACAUCUUCGCCUCCUUCAACGACACCUUCGUCCACAUCACUGAUCUUUCCGGCCGUGAAACCAUUGCCCGUGUCACUGGUGGUAUGAAGGUCAAGGCUGAUCGUGAUGAAUCGUCUCCCUACGCCGCCAUGUUGGCUGCUCAGGAUGUUGCUGCCAAGUGCAAGGAGCUUGGUAUCAACGCUGUUCACGUCAAGAUCCGUGCUACCGGUGGUACUGGCACCAAGACCCCUGGUCCUGGUGGUCAGAGCGCUCUCCGUGCUUUGGCUCGUUCCGGCUUGAGAAUCGGUCGUAUUGAGGAUGUUACCCCCAUCCCCACCGACAGCACCCGCAGAAAGGGCGGUCGUCGCGGUCGUCGUCUCUAG